UUGGUUCUCUCUUUGAUUACUUGAAUUGCUUUAGUGUCGACACAAAUUGAGAUCAUAGUGGAUGUGAUUCUGUAGUUGGAAUUUUAAUUAAAAAUUUUUCAAUAUAAUCAACAAAAACUUUUAAUUAAUGAAUGAUUACAAUAUGAAAAAUAAAUGUGUAUAAGUUGUCAAAGAUAUGAGAUUUAAAUGUCUAAAUUUUUAAAGUUAAAGAUAACCAAGUAUUGGUUUAACCUAAAAAUUUUUGAUCAAAAGUUUGAAUAAUAAAAAGAUAAAUAAAAAAAAAAUAAAAUUAUAUUGUCGAGGAUUCUCGACAAUCAUUCGAAAGUGGAAUGAAUUUUAGUACCUUUUAUUUGUCCCUAAGGGACUGGAAGUAAAAUUGGAGUAUAAAAUUGAUUAAUUACAUGAAAAUUUAUUGUUUUUUUUUUUUAAAAGAAUUAUAAAAAAUUUUAUUGUAAUAUAUAAAUUUAGUGACGCGCCUUUUUAGUAAUAUUGUGGCGCGUUGUGAAACAUCAAAACGCGAGUGUGAUACACGACAUUAGUGAAACAAUAAUGACGACGAUGCUGGUAUUUGUUUCUGAACUAUCUAAUAUUUUCACCGUUCUUGUGGUAUUAAUAUGUUUUUGUGCAGUUGUAUUAUUUAUUAUGAGAAAUACAAUGGUCCUCCGAGUGCAUGGAGAUGACCUUAUGUUUGGAGGUAACGGUGGGGUCAUGACUCAUUCACCUCGAAUACCACAAAUGAAGAUGAUGAAGGUUCAUAUACCAUUUACAUUCAAGUUACAUGAAAGCUCACGUAGUACGUAUGCCGAAGUUGAGUGUGAAAUAUCGAGUCAAGUGGAAUAUUCUUUACAAGCAAUAUGGGGAGUGAGUAUCAGGGAGCUCCAUUUGGCACUUUGGAAGCCAUGGAAUGCUCUACGGGAUGCGUCACUAAACGGGACUCUUCUACAAGGCCAUGCACAAUAUUUAACACCGCCACAAACUAGGCAACCCCAUGGAGAAGAAACACUUAGGUUAUCAUUACCAGCACCAGAACUGGAAUUAGGCACUCCGCCAAGAUUGUGUUAUCCUUUGGUCAUUUUUUUGACACGUAAAGACAAUCGAGAUCCUCAUCCUGAUGAGACUGUUGCUUUGGUGAAUGUAGUUCACAUAAAAGAUAGUGUCUGUACACUACCGACCUCAAUUUUGGCUCAAUAUCUCAAGCAAGCAAAUGGUCAGCUGUCCUGCCUGAAGCAAUUAUACUUGGCAACAGGAAAUUCAACGAGUUAUGAUGAAGGUGAUGUUUCUACAGGCUUGGGUCCUGCUUUAGCUCUUGCUGAACCUUGUAAUAAUAAUGGAGCAACCAGUAGAGGUGCACUAGUAGCUUCAGGUGCAGGCGACUCUGAAGGAUCACUUUGGAACUCUGCUGGUGAACAACUUUGUGUUGUUUGCCAAUAUUUUCCCCUUUCGAGGGCUUUACUUCCUUGUAGACAUACUUGUAUCUGUGCUUCUUGUUUUGGGAAAUUAGACAGAUGCCCAAUGUGUCGUAGUCCAAUAAAAAGUUACUUUUGUAUUAGAGGGGAAGAAUAUAUGCCAACUGAAAAUGACAUGAAUCCGUGUAAACAAAGACAAGCCACACAUGGACCUUCUCAUUGGCUUCAUGACUGGAAUGACAGACUUACAGAUUUUUUAGGUUUUGCACGAUAAAUUUUUUAUUACUAUAAUUAUUAUGAUUAUUACUAUUAUUGAUAUCAUUAUCAUUAUCAUAAUUAUUUUAA